AUGAGCGAGAGAGACGGAGGGGAGAUUAUAAACAGCAUAACAACCAAGGAAGGGCAAGUAGCGAUGGAUUUCACCGGCAAAUCAGGAAAGGUCAUCACAAAUAGCAAAGAAAUUCAGAAACUUGCGAACACUCGAAACAAAGUGGUAAGCAACGAGUAAUAUGGCCGCAAAUUCUUAACCUCCGCCAGUGCUAAAGAGUAAUUUAACUAAAAGGGCAUUUUAUAAGUUCCCCUUUAUCUUGCCCAGUAAUUGUAUCCCUAAAUUCUAUUUAUUAUAAACUGUUGCACUCGAGAAUGAAUUGAAGAAAUAAAAUAUACGUGCAAAGGACGGAAUAGAGCGAUUUUCGUUCGUCCUUGAAACGCUAUACGCAUGAACGAACCCAAACAACGAGCGCAACUUUUUGUUUUUUUUAGCCAACACGCAAAGUAUUCGCAGCUGUAGAAGGACUGCUCGAAAGUUAUUAUCCAUAAUUUGGGGAACAGAAACUGGGCUGCCGAUUGGAUUUUCUUUGGCGGGAAAAUGACAAGUCCACUUUUUACAGUUGCUUUGGUGCUACACAAUUUGAUUGGCUAAUAGAUCCCGUGCUACUUUCUCAACCAAUCAAAGGCAAAGUCAAAACCAGUUGUGACGUGUUCACGCACGUUUUCCCGCCCUUCGUGGCCGCUGCUUUAUAUCUGUUACGACUUCUGAUUGGCUUUUGCUAUUGUCUGCGUCCGUUGUGAUUGGUCACUUUAGCUUUGGUUUAGACUUAAGGGUUGUACUCUAAGGCGAAAAAACUGCUUCCUUGCUUUGCAUAUAGACCACUGUGAAUAUGAUUUGCAAUCUAAUACCUUAAUUUUAAUGAGUAGCUCUGACUUCCAUUUUGUUUUUCGCACAGAAAAUCAAUCAGCGCUCUGCAUCUCAGAACUUUAUACACUGCGACACUACAGUUGAUGGUAAGCGAUUCUUUGUGUUUUAAGUCGGAAAAUUCUUCUCUACAGAUCGUUUUCAAAUGACGUCACAUUUUCCCGCGCUUAACACCGGUUUAUCAUGGUGCGCUGGCCAUGUUUUCCCGCGCGCUGAACUGGUAUCGUUUUUUCCGCGCUAAUCAAAAAGCCAAGAAAAGCACGCAACUCUGGCCAGCGCGUGAAAACAUAAAAUUGACUGCACGACAAACUAAAGUGCGUUGGUCCUGUUUCAUUACGUCAUACACAUUUGCUUUGAUUGGCUAGUUUUAUUCCCUGUAAUUAUGGUUUCGUUAAAUCAUUUUUCAUAGUGAACGGCCCAAAUCCAGUUGUCUUAUCUGAAACGCCCGCUAGAACGCACUACUUUACGUCAGAGCCGUGGUACCAUGGGCGGAUCACAAGAGAACAAUCACUCAAGCUACUAUUAGCUGCAGGAGUACACGACGGGUAAGACACCCAGCUAUUGUUGCUUGUCUUCCAUUUAAAGGGGCUGUGUCAAGCUAUUUGCUAUCUGAAAAUUGAAUUCCACAAAUAAUGGUCCAGUUUUGCUAUUUAGGUUGAAAAUGGUUCCUGUCGUCUUUUGCAAAGAAUGGCAAGGAUGGACACGGAUUGAACUUUUUGAAGUUUUAAAGCUAUGCUCUCUAAAAUUACCAUAAAAGUUAUUAUGGUCAGUGCCCCCUGAUGAAAUAUAUUUGAUAUCUAUUUAAUAACUCUAGAGGGUCCCAAAUAGGUUUUUCGGGACCCGGGAUUUCCCUUAUUUGAAGCUCGGGAUUCGGGAUUUUAAAGCUGCAUCGGGGCGAUAUUCGGGAUUGAAAGUAUGNGGAUGGACAUGGAUUGAACUUUUUGAAGUUUUAAAGCUAUGCUCUCUAAAAUUACCAUAAAAGUUAUUAUGGCUAGUGCUCCGUGAUGAAAUUUAUUUGAUAUCUAUUUAAUAACUCUAGAGGGUCCCAAAUAGGUUUUUCGGGACCCGGGAUUUCCCUUAUUUGAAGCUCGGGAUUCGGGAUUUUAAAGCUGCAUCGGGGCGAUAUUCGGGAUUGAAAGUAUGCUUGGGAGGUGGGAUGCGAAAAAUAACCCUCGGGAUUACGGGAUUGAAGAACCCUAUUGGGGACAAGGGGACCCUUACUCUACAGGGGCAUUUUGUGUACAGGCACAAAGUAAUGACUUCAGCACAGAAUUAACCAAAACCAGCAAAAUCCUCGUGACAUAACCCAUUUAAGUUCACGCGGAGAUGUGAUGCAACUGAGUAACAACACUAGCGUUACUUUCACUCUCGCUCACAGUUGCUGUAUUAACAGCCACAAGCUCUUAGUUGUCUAUGUACCGGUAGCGUGCUCCCUCCCGUGGAGUCGUGAAGAAGAAUGAGGUUCUAACUUUCUAGUCUGUGCUGCGACCAUUCAAACAAUACUUCUUCAAGGCUGCAUAUGCCCGGUGCUAUUUGAUUUCAGUAUUACUUGUGAGAAAACGAAAUGAAUGAAUUUUAAUCCGGGGCACUCAUGCCAACGAACGGAUUAGAGUUUGAGCUUCGUAUUUUGAAAAUGCUGUUUGAAUAUGCGAUAAACAGCAGGGUCAUACAUUAAACUACAGGGACGGGCCAUCAGAAAAGUUAUGGCGGUUUUUUUGCCAGUGCAGGAUAUUUUUUAGGACUACUCCGCCUGUACGAUUUUUUCAUUCAAUUUCCCCUUGCACGAAGAACUUCGCCCCCCAACCCCCAAUAACUUUUCUUAUGGUGUGUCCCUUACCGUACAUGUCAAAGUUACCUUUUAAUAAUUUCUUUUUUUAUUAUUAUUUCUUUAACCAGCCUGUUCCUGGUUCGUGAGAGUACCACCGUUGCUAGAGUCUUUGUGCUGACCUUCUGCAUGAACAAAAGAGUCUACCACUGUCAGCUAAUCCAGGUAAAUUUUAUCUAGAAGGAGAUGUGCUAGGAGGGGUGAUUCACUUUCCCCGCUUAUUUGCGCAAAAAGUAAGCCCCCAAAAGCCUGAGAACCAGGGGGAGAGGGGGGAGGAGAGAAGCGAAAUGAGACAGCCGCUCCCAAAGAACCAGUCUGUAAACCUGGGCUCCUCUGAAACCCAGGUUUAUUUUAAAUAGAAGCUUAUUUGAGGGAUAUCUAGGACGAACCAAGAGUCUCUUGGAGGAACUGAGCGUCAUCAUUUGUUUUUACUUGGUUGCAGGACAUUUGUGAUGGCACUCAGACGUUCUUUAGCCUCGGCAAAGGACCAGCAUUUAAAACACUCAAAGAACUGAUCCACUUCUACCAAAAGAAGCCUUUGAAUGGAGUUUCUCUUGCUUUGCGGAUGCCCUGUCCUAAAACAGAAUACUCAGGAUACAUCGAGUCAUAA